AUGUACAGAUGGUACCGCGAUACGUAUAUAUGCAUCGUGCAUCUGUCGAAAUCGAAUUCAUUAGAGACACUAGGAAUCGACGAGUGGUUCCUUCGCGACUGCACGCUGCAGGAGCUCCUUGCACCCCUCAGGAUGAAGUUCUACGGUCCUAAAUGGACAUCCCUGACAGAUAAUGAAAACGACAAGGACGACGCAGUGGUCAUCUUUUCUCUUUCCCGGGUUACAAAAAUCCCUGUGAAUGACCUGUGCAACUUUCGCCCUGGGCCAAACCGUGCCUGGGAAAAGAUGACCUGGGCUGCGAGCAGAAAGACAACCCGCAUCGAGGAUGUUGCCUACUCCCUCAUUGGUAUCUUUGACAUCAGCAUGACAAUUGCAUACGGAGAAGGAGAUCGAGCAUUCCAAAGAUUCAUGGCAGAACUGAUUCAGAACUGCAAGGAAUGGCAAAUUCUUGUGUGGGCUGGC